UAAAUUUUGAAACACAGAUACCAUUCAGUUUAAUUUCAAAAUAUAAAUAAUUUAUUCAGAAAAAGUAUAAUAAAAUCUCAACAUGUUUGCUCUCAACAAAUAUAUCUGCCCUAGAAACUCUUUCAAGCCCCUCCUUUUACGUUGGGCCAGCACCAAACAAAAUAUUCUGCAAAUUCCCUUAAAGAAAACUGAAGAAUUCAAGGAAAACUUAAACCAAACUAAGAAGGACACAAAGAGCAUCAACAACCAACAGGAUUUCAUUGAACUACUUGAAACUAAAAUCCAGAAAGAGCGUCUUAGAAUCUCUAAAUUUAAACAGGAAUAUGGUCAAACUAAAGUGGCUGAUAUCACAGUGAACCAGUUGUAUGGCGGCAUGCGUGGUAUGCUGGGCUUUGUAUGCGACACUUCCAAUUUGGAUGCUGAAGAGGGCAUACGUUUUAGAGGUUUUACCUUAAAGGAAUUACAAGAAAAGUUGCCCACAGUAGAGGGUGGCAAGGAACCCUUGCCAGAGGCUAUAUUUUGGUUAUUGGUUACGGGAGAAAUGCCCAGUAAAGUGAAUACUGAGUAUUUAUCUAAAACUUGGGCUGAGAAUAGUCAAUUACCGGAAUAUGUGGUGAAAGUUAUAGAAUCAUUACCAAAGGAUUUACAUCCAAUGACACAGUUUUCAAUAGCAGUGGCAAGUCUUAAUAAGAAUUCCAAAUUUAAUAAGGCUUAUGAUGAGAAUGUUGCCCGUUCGAACUAUUGGAAGUUUGUUUUAGAGGACAGUAUGGAUCUUUUGGCCAAAUUACCCUGUAUAGCUGCCAUGAUAUAUAAUAACAGCUUUAAAACUGCACCAAACAAUUACACUGCCAAACCCAACCAAGAUUGGAGUGCUAAUUUUGCCCAAAUGUUGGGUUUUAAUGAUCACAACUUUAAUGAACUAUUGCGUUUAUAUUUAACCCUACACUGUGAUCAUGAGGGAGGUAAUGUCUCGGCUCAUGCCUGUCAUUUGGUGGGAUCUGCUCUAUGCGAUCCAUAUCUAGCAUUUGCAUCAGGUUUAAAUGGCUUGGCAGGUCCUCUGCAUGGUCUGGCCAAUCAGGAAGUACUCAAUUGGUUGGAUGAAUUGAUUAAAGUUAAGGGCUUAAAAGCUAGUGAACAAGAUAUUAAAGAAUUUUGCCAGGAACAAGUAAAACAAAACUGCAAGCCUAUACCCGGUUAUGGUCAUGCUGUUUUGCGCAAAACCGAUCCCCGUUUUCUAUGUCAACUGGAAUAUGCCCAACGUGUUAUACCUAAUGAUGCUAUGGUGAAGUUGGUGGCCACUGUUUAUAAAGUGGUACCCACCGUCUUGAAAAGUUUGGGAAAAGUUAGCAAUCCUUGGCCCAAUGUUGAUGCUCAUUCGGGUGUUUUGUUAAGGCAUUUUGGUUUAAAUGAAGCUUCCUAUUAUACUGUACUGUUUGGUGUUUCUCGUGCUUUGGGUUUAAUGGCUCAGUUAAUAUGGUCUAGAGCUUUAAUGCUGCCAUUAGAACGUCCCGAUACUAUAACUACGGAUUUACUGAUGGAAAGAGCAAAAGCCAGUGGCGUUUUAAUGGAAAAAAACCAACAAAUGAAGAAGAACUAAUAUGACCAGGUUUUUUUUAUUUAUUUUAAUGUUUUCGUUAAUAUUGUCUUAAUAUAUGUUCUGAAUUGUUCUACUUAAUUUUAUUUUAAUUAAAACUUAUUAAUAU